AUGGGGAGAAGAAAUGGUGAGAACUGUGGCACCAACCUGCGUGUGUCAAACAUCUCUCAUGAGAACUUAUCUCACUGGAAUUUGGAUUCAGACGCACCUGUUCCUGAAAAUAAAAACCUCCCACCCAGAAGGGAUAUUGAAGCAGGUGAUAAAAUUAACAAGAGCCAUUUGGAAAUUCCAGUAGAACAGCUGAUGCUAGAACUUAAUUUAUCAGAGCAUGCUCACAAAAGAACACAGAAUAGUAAUCAAGGGUUAUUUCAGUUCUGGAGUUAUCCUCUUAAUGAAGGAAGUACCAUGGAGACCAGGGAUUUCAAAAAAUCUUCAUUGGAAACUGGCCUUAACAUAACCAAUAAUCCCAUAAGGCUCUUCACUCUGAACCAUUCCUUAAAAAGUGCUUCGGUUGAUAAACAAGUUGUUUCUUACCCUGGACUGCAGACGCCAUUAGGUCUCUGCUGGCCCUAUGCCGACGGAGAUUUUAAUGACAGAAAUGAACCUCGUAUUAAUUUAUGUUCAACUACAGAACACAACAAUGGUGAAACUUUAUCUGCUCCAAAUUGGAAUUCAAAAUAUGGAAUCAGCAUUGUAGAAGAAAAUUUGACAGAUGAAAGUGAUUUAUCAGAAAAUGAAAAAGCAAAUGAUACUUUACUCAGCUAUUUUAAAAAGAUGGACCUAAACUUAAAGCCAGAAACAAUAGAAAAUGUUGAAGAGUCUUUCACAGAGGAACCAAGUGAAGUAUUUCCAUAUCCUGAUUUUCUCCCUCCUCCUUUCAAUACUCUGGACUUGCACAAAUUAGCCCUCUCAAAAUCUGAAACUUGGAAAGGAACAGUGGAAUCUCCGGAAAGCUGUAUUGAACAUUUGAUAACUCGUUUACUGGAAAUGGAACGAUUACAACAUACAACUAUACAAAAAGAGAGGCCAAGACUACAAACUACUUUCUGUACUCCAGCAGUUACCGAUCGACCCUCUUCCUCCAAAACUGUGCCCAAAAUGAGACAGCCAAAACUUUCUGACUCUGUGAGUCUUCAGCCAACUUGUGUAGAUAAAAGUAAAGAAAAAAGAAAAACUAAUUCUGGUUCUUGCAAGCUUGAACAAAAUGCUUCAAAAUGGAAUUGGAGCAAUGCUGGCAAAUAUAAAUGGAAUUCUAGACCACCAUCUCUAAAAAGUUCAUCCACAACAAAACAAUUGACGGCAACUUAUGAUGACUUUAAGAAUCCCAAAAGCUCCAUUUUAAAUCCAUGCCAGGAACUCUCAACCAAACCUACUACUGCCCAAACAACUCAAUCACUGGUUAAAGUGGCCUCAACAAGAUCUUGUCUGCCAUCAAAGUCUCCAAUACCAGUUUCACCCAUACCUCUGUCUUUUCCUGAAAAUCAGAGGGAAGAAAUUAAGGCACCAAGGACCAAAAAGAAACUUUACCGAAAAAACAUAGUAUUGAACAGACCAUUCUAUAUUCAAAAGCUAAACUGUUUAUCACCUUCAUUUAUAGCUAAAGAUACGUGCUCACCCAUUGAGCAAAAAUAA